AGCACCUUACCGGAUGGCACCGAAAGAAAUGCAGGAGCUGAAGGAACAACUAGAGGAGUUGUUAGAGAAGGGGUACAUAAGACCGAGUGUCUCACCUUGGGGCGCUCCGGUCUUAUUUGUCAAAAAGAAAGAUGGGAGUCUAAGGCUAUGCAUCGAUUACCGAGAGUUGAAUCAAGCAACUAUCAAGAACAAGUAUCCAUUGCCCCGAAUUGACGACUUGUUUGAUCAAUUGAAGGGGGCUAGCACAUUCUCUAAGAUAGACUUGCGCUCUGGAUAUCAUCAAGUGAGAAUAUCCGAAAAAGAUGUACCAAAAACAGCAUUCCGCACGAGGUAUGGACAUUACGAGUUCACUGUGAUGCCGUUUGGUUUAACAAAUGCACCGGCGGUAUUCAUGGACUUAAUGAACCGUGUAUUCCGACCUUAUCUUGAUACAUUUGUGGUGGUAUUCAUCGAUGAUAUUCUUGUGUAUUCAAAAACCCCGGAGGAUCACGAGAAACACUUGAGACUCACGUUACAAACUUUGAGAGAGAACCAGUUGUAUGCCAAACUCUCAAAGUGUGACUUCUGGCAGGAUCGGGUAGCGUUCUUGGGUCACAUCAUCACCCAGGAAGGCGUAUCUGUAGAUCCAUCGAAGAUUGAAGCGGUGGUUGAAUGGCGUGCACCUACCUCGGUCACAGAGGUAAGAAGUUUCUUGGGUCUAGCGGGAUACUAUAGGAGAUUUGUUAAAGAUUUCUCCAAGAUAGCAAGACCGCUAACCAACCUGACAAAGAAGACAACCAAGUUCCAAUGGAAUGAAGAUUGUGAAGCAGCAUUCCAAGAGUUGAAGAAAAGACUCACAACUGCGCCGGUCUUGACACUACCGUCAGGGACGGAGGGAUUUGAUAUCUAUAGUGAUGCAUCCAAGAAGGGGUUGGGGUGUGUGCUGAUGCAGAAUAGGAAAGUGGUGGCUUAUGCAUCAAGACAACUAAAGGUGCAUGAAGUCAAUUAUCCUACCCAUGACCUGGAGUUAGCUGCAGUAGUGUUUGCUUUGAAAAUCUGGAGACAUUACCUAUACGGAGCACAUUGUAAGAUAUACACUGACCACAAAAGCUUGAAGUACAUAUUCACUCAAAAAGAGCUUAACAUGAGGCAAAGAAGAUGGCUCGAGCUUAUCAAUGAUUACGAUCUAGAAAUCCAAUACCACGAGGGAAAAGCUAACGUGGUGGCGGAUGCUUUGAGCCGGAAAUCUGAGCACUCAUGCCGAGCAACAUGGAUAUUACCAGAAGAACUAUUCCGAGACUUCCAAAGAUUGAGCUUGGAAGUAAAGCAAUAUGGCGAAGUAGAUGGUGAAAUACAGUUAUGUACUAUGACUGUUAUACCAUCUAUCUUUGACGAAAUCAAGAACGGACAACCGGGAGAUGUAAAGCUUGAAAGAAUCAAGGAAGGAAUGAAAGAUGGCGUCAACGGACCAUUUAAGGUACAUGAAGAUGGGAGCAUCCGAUACAAGGGAAGGUGGUGUGUUCCACUGAAGUGUGCAGAUAUUAAAAAACAAAUCAUGGAGGAGGGACACAACACGCCCUACUCGGUACAUCCCGGGGGAGACAAACUAUACAAAGACCUCAAACAGAACUUUUGGUGGCCGGGAAUGAAGAAAGAAGUAGCUGAAUUUGUAUCCCGAUGUUUGAACUGCCAAAAAGUCAAAGCGGAGAGAUGCAAACCCAAGGGACUCGUGCAACCCUUGGAAGUACCAACAUGGAAAUGGGAUUCAAUCUCAAUGGACUUUGUCGGGGGUUUACCUUUAACAAAGUCCGGGAAAGAUAAAAUUUGGGUGGUAGUGGAUAGAUUGACCAAAACUGUAAGGUUCAUUCCUAUGAAUGAAACCUGGAGCAUGGAGAAACUGGCUAAAGCCUAUGUCAAACACGUGGUCAAACACCACGGAGUACCUCAAGACAUCGUAUCGGACCGAGAUUCACGAUUCUUAUCCCAAUUUUGGAAAGAAUUACAAACGGCUAUGGGAACAAAAUUGAAGUUAAGUACUGCUUUCCAUCCAACCACGGACGGACAGACCGAAAGAACAAUCCAAACAUUAGAAGACAUGUUGAGGGCAUCUGUUCUUGAUUUGCAAGGAUCAUGGGAUGAACACCUAGACUUGGUAGAGUUUUCGUACAAUAACAGUUACCAUGCUAGCAUCGGAAUGGCCCCAUACGAAGCUCUAUAUGGUCAAAAGUGUAGGAGUCCCUUAUGUUGGGGUGACAUGGUCGAUCAGGUGGUUCUAGGACCACAAUACUUGCAAGAUACUAUUGAGAAAAUCAAGGUCAUCCAAGAAAGGAUGAAGGCUGCCCAAGACCGACAGAAAUCAUAUGCCGAUCUUGGGAGAAAACCAGCUGAAUUCGAACUAGGGGAGAAAGUUCUACUCAAAGUCUCUCCUACAAGAGGCGUAAUGAGGUUCGGGAAGAAAGGGAAACUAAGCCCGAGAUUCAUCGGACCCUAUGACAUCCUAGAGAAGGUGGGAAAAGUGGCAUAUCGAUUAGCUCUACCCACGGAGUUGGAUAAGGUACAUAACGUCUUUCACGUAUCACAAUUAAAGAAGUAUGUUCGAGAUGAGUCACAUAUCAUCAAUCCGGAGGUAAGAAAUCCUAGACUUAACAUGAGCCAAACGUAAAUUGAAAAGAAUAUAAGUUAACCGUUAUAUUAUUAGGUGAUUGAAAUGGAUGAGACAUUAUCCUACGAAGAAAAACCCAUAGAGAUUCUCGAUACUAAGACCCGAGAGACAAGGAAGAAGACAGUUAAGAUGGUAAAAGUACUUUGGUCAAACCAUUUGACCGAGAAUGCAACAUGGGAGACAGAAGAGGAUAUGCGUAAACGGUAUCCUGAACUUUUCAAUUAA